CUUUUACAACAGAAUUAAUGAUUGUUUGUUUAAAACUUUUCAUCCAUUAACGAUAUUUUUGCCUUAAAUCUAUUUAAUGUCAAAAACCAAAACGGUUUUAACUAUACCAAGAAAAUUGGUACCGUCACGAAAGAAAAACUUAAAUUUCAAAAGCGAUUGUUCUUUUCUGCCAGCAUUCGAUUUUCUUUUAUUAUAAAAUCAUUUUCCACCUUCCAUCCAACUGCCAUGGAAUAAAAUUGCUGAUUCUUUAACAUAUUGUUAACAAUUUAAGUAUUUUUUUUAAUAUAACAAAAUUUGAACGUAAGCCUAAUUUACAACAAAUAUGGAUAAGACAGAGGAGCCGCCGAAGAAAUGCUUCUGUGCAAGAUGUUUUCUCCCUGUUGACUCAGAGGAUAGAGUAGAUAUUGAAGGCCAGAGUUUUCACAGGGUAUGCAGCAUGUGUUGCGUUUGCCGAACGAUUCCACCAUCAUUGAAAAUGUUUUACGGGCACGUGUUUUGCAACGAAUGCUUCAAGACGCACGUGCUGUCACGGUUUAGGGGCGAGAGCCCUCGCAUCCACUCGAACAGCUGGUGGAUGCAGUGGGCGCCGGGGGGCAAGCCGCAGGAGGCUACUAAUCCUAAUAGUGAAACAAAAAGUCAAGAUGAAAAGUCAGAGAGACCGCCUCCGGAAGAGCUGCCUAAGCGUUGCAUAUGCGCGCGCUGCCUCCAGUGCGUAGAAGACACCACCAAGGUAGAGAUAGGAGGCCAGAGCUUCCAUCCACAAUGUGCUAAGUGCUACUUCUGUCACGCGAUACCGACCGACAACCUGAAGAUCUACUACGGGCAGGUGUUCUGCGAAGACUGCUUCCACAAGCACGUGCUAAACCACAGUAAGGAUAACCCAUCAGACUUCUUCAAGAACUGCUUCGAGCAGUGGCAGAACAACAGUCAGUUUGCCGAAAACAUGAGGGAGUUUCUCGCUGGCAAUAAGGAGAGUGCCCCGUUUAUUUUCAUGAUGCAAGGCCACCAGCCGCCGUUCUGUCGAUGUGGUACCGGCCCACAAGACUGGUUUCAGAAUAACGAACCUAAAAAAUGCCUAAUGCACCGCGGUGCAGUCCAACCUCUAAACGAAGACGAACGGGAAAAUAGACUACAAAGUGCGUAAGAGUUGAAUAUGAAAAAUUUUCACAGCUGCAACACCGGCCGUAUCAAUCGGGGACGAGUCUUUCGGGACCUGGGACCUUUCCUUCGAGAACCGGACCGAGGUCUCCGACGUA